AUGAAGUUAAAUAGUUUUAAAAAUUCUUGUCAAAAGUACGCAGUUUUAGAUAAAAUAAAAAAGAAAGAAAACAAAAAUUGUAGCAUGCAAAUUGAGGAAAAAAAAAAAGAAUACGAUAAUUCUAUUACAACCAAUAGAAGAAGUACUAGAUUAAUACAUCUAAAUAAUGAGAGAACAAACUUAGAAAAAAAAAAUAAAUAUGAUAAAAAUGAAGCAGUAAAUAAUAAACAGAAACUUUUAAAUAAUGGUGAAAGUAAUAAUGUUAUGUGUAAUUUUAAGAAAGAAAUAUUAUCGAAUGGUAAUAAAAAUAAAAUACCAUAUGAUAAAGAAAAGUUAUCAAAAAAUAACAAAAGAAAAAUAUUAAAUCAUAAUAAAGAAACUUUAUCUAUCAAUAAAAAAAAAAGUAUAUUAGAAAGUAAUAAAAGAAAAGUAUUAAACGAUAAUAAAAUAAAAAUGACAAACGAUAAUAAAGCAAAAAUUCCAAAUAAUAGUAAAAGAAGUAUACUAAAAACUACUAAAAAAAAGGAUAUCAAUGAUAGUAGUAAUAAAACAUCAAAAGAGCUAGUAAGUAAUAAAUCAAAAAGUAAAAAAAUAAGCAAAAAAAUAGUUCAUAAAAAAAGAACUGAUAAAAAAAUUAUUAAAAAAAGCAUAUGCAAAAGAAAUGUGAAUCUAAAAAGCCACAGAACAAAAGGAGUAAUUAAAGAUUCAAAAAAAAAAAUAAAAAAUAUAUAUUCAGAAAAAGUAAAUAGUUCAGAAAUUUUACAAAAUAAAAGAGAAACCAACAGAACUUAUAUAUCUGAAUGUAAAAUAAAGAAAAAAAAUAUUUUUGAUGAUAAGGUUAAAAUAUUAAACAAAGAUAAAAAUAUAUUACAAAAAUAUGAUACUGUAGACACAACUUUAAAUAAGAAAAUUAAAAAAACCAACGAUUAUUUCAUGGCAGACAAUUUCGUACAGAAAAACCUAAAAAAAAGAAAAUUAACAACAGUAAAUAAUAGUAAUAGUAGUAGAAUUAAGGAAAUAAAUAAAUUCAUAAAAGAAUUUACAAAAAACAAUAAUUUAAAUAAAAAUUAUUUAUAUAAUAGCAAAUAUAAUUUAUAUAGCUAUGGUAAAGGAGAUGUUUUUUAUUAUUUAGAAAGAAUAAAUUACAAUAAUGAAAAAAAAAAGGUAAAUAAUAAAGUAAAACUAAAUGUUAUAUCUGAAAUAAUAAAAAUAAAAAAAAAAAAAUUUAUAAUAGGUUCGUCAAAUAGGAAAUGUGAUUUAGUUUUAAAAGGAAACAUUGAAAGUGAACAAUGCGAAUUAAUAUGCAAAUGUGUAGAAAAAAAUGUAAAUAAGUCGAAUGAUAAAAAUAGGCAAAUAAACAAAUAUAACUUAUUUAUUAUUAAUAAAUCCUCUAGUAAAAGUACAGUAUUAAAUGAUUCUGUUGUAGACUUUGAACAAAUAAAAGAUGAAGACAAUAUAUUUUUAGGAAUGGAUGAUACAUAUCAUAAAGAUAAUGCUAAAUAUAUCUAUAAAGUGAAAUAUAACAAAUUUGCCAAUAUUUUUAAUUCAAAUAAUUUAUGUGGCUAUAAUGAUCAUCACAUAAAUAUCAUAUCUAAUAAAACAGAAAAAGGUAGAGUAAGUAAAAUAGUGUCAAACAAUUUUUCAUUAAACAGUCAAAAUAAAAAAAUAAGAGAUUCUCAAGAAAAAGAAGAGGAAUCUAAAAUAACUAUAUUAAUAUUUCUUAUAAUUGAAAAUGAUUAUAUUUUAAAUGAGCCGAUAUGCCAUAUAAAUUAUGUAAAUUGCUUAACUAUUUUAAAUAAUACUCCUAAAAAAUCAUUAGAAAAUGAAAAAUUAUCAAAAAAUACUCCAUCUAUUAAUAAAAUGAUAAAAGAGGAUUCUCCUAAUACUAAAUUUAAUGAAAGUUUUCAAAAGAUAAAUAGUAUUUGUCAAAGUAGAAUAUCGCCAUUAGGUAUAAAAGACUCAAUUAAAAAAGAAGAAAAAAUAAAAGGAAUUUUAAAAAAUUCAAAUAAUUCUAAGGAACUACCAGUUACAUUAUUAAAUGCUUGUGCUGAGUUAUGUAAAGAAAUAAAUAAAAGUGUGUCAAAAGAAAAUUGUAAAGUAAACAGUUUUCUUCAGAAAGAUACACCCAUUAUAAAUAAUAAUUGUACUACAUUAAAUUCUAUUAGUUAUUCUAAUAAGAAAGAAAAAAAUAAUCUACAAUAUUUAGAAAAAGAUCAGAGGCAUUUGCACAAUAGAAAGCAUAUGAAUAAUAUAUAUAAUUUAUUUCAUAAUAAUUUUAGUAGCAACAGCUAUAAAGAGAAUAAGGAUGAUGAUAAUAAUGAAGUAUAUAACUAUUGGAAUAAUAAUGGAAUUAAUACUAAUAAAAAUGAGAACAGUGAUAAUAAUAAAAAUAAUAGUUCCAAUCAUAAUAAUAUUUUUAAACAUAAUAAUAAUAAUAACAAAAACAUUUGUAAUAACCUGCACUAUAAGAAUAUCAACUGUAAUAAUGAAGAUAUUGACAUUAGUAAAAAUGAGGAUAAUGAUAAUAUUAUCAUAGGUAAAGAUAAUAAGAAUUAUAAUCUAAAUAAUGAUAUAAGUAAAAAUAAUAAUAAUAAAGACAAUUGUAGCAAUAAUAAUAAUAUUAUUUUAGAUAACGAUAAAACUAAUAACAGCAAAAGUAAUAAUAUUGUCAUAAAAUAUAACAAGGAUAAAGAUAACAAUAUAAUUAAUAGUAGUAUCUUAAAUAAUGAUAACAAUAGUAAUAAUAAAAAUAAAAAAGAUGGUAAUAAUAAUAAUUACAGUAACAGUAAUACUAAUGAUACAUAUAAUGAUAAAGAUAAUUAUAUAGAAAGCAUUAAUGGUGAAAGCUACAAUAAGGAAAACAUUGAAGAUAAUAAUAAAUCUAAUAGUUACUUGAUAGAUAAUGAAAUUGAUAAAGAUAACUUUAUUUCUAAAGAUGAAAGCUACAAUAAGGAAAACAUUGAAAAUAAUAAUAAUAAAUCUAAUAGUUACUUGAUAGAUAAUGAAAUUGAUAAAAAUAACUUUAUUUUUAAAGAUGACAAUAAUAAUAAUAAAUUUAAAACAAUAAAAAGUGUACAUAUCUGUAAAGAUAACAUUUUGAAUAAUAAGUUAGACGAUAAUAUAUAUAAAGAAAAAAAAUUUAAUUUAAACUUAGUUGAAAAUGUGAAAUUUUUAGAAAACAAUAUUAUAGACAAAACAUCAUUAAAAGAUAAAAAAGGAGAUGAAAAUAAAAAAAUAAAUAGUGGGAAUUCAAAUUACAAGGAAAAUAAUAGUUUCGAUUUACAGCCAAUUGAUUUAUAUUAUAAAUUAAAUUAUGAAGAUAUAUAUUUGAAAAAAAAUAUGAAAGUUGAAAAAGAUGAAUCAAAUAUUAAUAUGGAUGAUAAUUUAUUUGUAACACCGAUAAAGAAUGGAUUAUGCAUAAACAGUAAUAAAUCAGUGUUUUAUGAUUGUAAGGAAGAAAAAAUUGAUGAUUUUACCCCUGUUAAAAGUAAAAACGAAGAACAUUUAAGAUCUUGUGAAUCUAAUGAAUUUUUAAGAAACUCUGAAAAAAAUUUACUUUCAUUUUUAUAUUCUAAAAAUAACGAAAAUAUCUCAAACAAUAAUUUCGUUUUAUGUUUGAAAAACGAGGAAGAAAAAGAAAAAUAUGUAAAAGUAAUAGGGGAAAUAAAAGUUAAAAGAAACGCUAAUUUUUCAGAUAUAAAGCAUAACAUAGAUGUAAAACUAUUGGAUAAAACGAUUGAAUUUAAAACAUUAAAUAAUAAAAAUGAUUUGAAAUAUGAAGAUAUUUCAGCAAAAAAAUAUUCCAUUCAUUUAAAUGCUUUUUCCGAUAAAUUGGAUGAAACAAAAUUUAAUGAAUUUUCUGCAUUACAUUUAGAUUAUAUUGACAACAUCAAUUUUUCAGAUUUAGAUAUUUUAGAACCAUUCGAAUUAAAAAAAAUGUUAUUUAUAAAAUAUGAAGAUGUAUAA